UCAUUGUCACAGGUUGCUACCUGUCUUUACCCCUCUCUGAUUGUAUCUCUUUCUCUCUGAUAGUUUUUCCCUCUCUCCUAAUGGCUGUGCAGGAGCACAAUGACUUUGUCAACGUUGGUAAGGAAGAAACUGCCAUUAGGAAACGCCAGUCUCUCGAUCCCAAAAAGUACCUCUCUCUGGAUGGGAACAGUCUGACCAUAGCUGAUCUGGUCCGUUUGGGGAAAGGCCUGUUCAACAUCAAGCUGACCACCGAGGCUGAAGGGAAAAUCAAUGAAGCCAGAGAAGUGAUAGAAACCAUCAUAAAAGAAAACCGAGUUGUCUAUGGCGUCAACACAGGGUUUGGGAAAUUUGCCCAUAUGCUCAUUCCAAAGGAUAAGCUCAUGGAACUACAGAUGAAUCUGAUUCGAUCUCAUAGUGCUGGAGUGGGCACCCCAUUGAGUGUAGAGAGGACCCGUAUGCUACUGGCUCUGAGGAUUAACGUUCUGGCCAAAGGGUACAGUGGCGUCUCCAUGGAAACGGUCCAGGCUAUGGUCAAAGCCUUCAAUGCCUCCUGCCUGUCGUGGGUGCCAGAGAAGGGAACGGUAGGCGCUAGUGGAGACCUGGCCCCCCUGGCCCACCUCACCCUGGGCCUUAUGGGAGAGGGCAGGAUGUGGUCGCCUCAACGCGGCUGGGACCAUGCCAAAACAGUACUGGAAUGUCAUGGACUCACACCUUUGGUUCUGAAGCCUAAAGAGGGCAUCGGUCUGAUCAACGGGACUCAGAUGAUGUCAUCUCUGGCGGCGGAGGCAGUGGAGCGAGCUGUGGGCGUGGCCAGGCAGGCUGACAUCAUCGCUGCCCUCAGUCUGGAGGCCCUGAGGGGCACCACCAAGGCCUUCCACAGCGACGUCCAUGCCGUGAGGCCACACCCUGGUCAGAUAGAGGUGGCUCUGAGACUCCGCUCUCUACUCCACUCGGACGUCUUCCCCUCCCAGAUCUCUGAUAGUCAUAGGACAUGUGACCGUGUCCAGGAUGCAUACACCCUCCGCUGUAUCCCACAGGUUCAUGGGGUAGCUAAUGACACCAUAGCCUUUGUUAAGAGCAUCCUCACCACUGAGCUCAACAGUGCCACUGACAACCCUCUGGUUUUUGCAGAGCGAGGUGAGACCAUCUCUGGGGGUAAUUUCCAUGGAGAAUACCCAGCCAAGGCUCUAGACUACCUGGCCAUCGGGGUCCAUGAGCUGGCCAGUAUGAGUGAGAGGAGGACAGAGAGGCUGAUCAACCCCUCCCUCAGUGAGCUGCCUGCCUUCCUGGUCCAAGACGGAGGCCUCAACUCUGGUUUCAUGAUUGCACACUGCACUGCUGCUGCCCUUGUAUCUGAGAGCAAGGCGUUGUGCCACCCGUCCUCCGUGGACUCCCUGUCCACCAGCGCAGCCACUGAAGACCACGUCUCCAUGGGGGGCUGGGCCGCUAGGAAGGCCCUGAGGGUGGUGGAACACGUAGAGCAAGUUCUGGCCAUCGAGCUGCUCGCUGCCUGUCAAGCCCUGGAGUUUCUCCGCCCGCUCAAGUCCACUACCCCUCUGGAGAAAGUCCAUGAGCUAGUGCGUACUGUUGUCAGGCCUUGGGAUCAUGACCGUCAAAUGAGUCCUGACAUCGAGGCUGCUCACACGCUCCUCAGGGAGGAAAAGGUGUGGGAGGCGGCUCGGCCAUACAUGGACCAAUACCGAGACAAGCUCGGACUGAAACCACUCCCACUGGAUGACUAGGAUAGUGUAUGAAAAUGACUCAAGUAUUUCAUCCUUCUACUGUAUGAUUCCAAAUCCAAGAUUCAAGUUUAUUAAAGGUUAUUAGAGAUAUACAGUGCAAACAAUACAUGAGCUUAAAAAACAAAAAUGUUGCUUAUAUUAUCUCAUUAUCAGAAAUUCCUCAGAAAUGUAACUCCCAGAUAUGAAUCAUACCUUAUGAGCCUGGAGAGAUUGUAUAUCUUCUUAUGGCUUACAAUGCUGGUGGACCCAAACAACCACCACCAGCAAUUACAUUACAGUGAAAUAUUCUCCCUGGUGUGCUGCAUGACGGCAGGUUAUGAUUAUUCUACAUUUACUAAAUGUACUGGUCAAUUAGUUCAGUUCAGAACUCAGUCUGGAUGAUUGACAGGAGAGAUGAACAGAAGGGAAGAGUUUUCACCUUUAUCAUUACCAGGGCCAAGGAAUGGACAGACUCUCAGUGAAGAUGUAGCCAGUGAAAGAGUAGAUAUGAGACCUGGCCUCCACAUCAUAAAAGGAGACCUGACCCUCCUCAUAAUCCACAAACACCCCCACCUUCUGGGGCUUCUCUCUCAGGUAUAAGGAGACACGGGGGGAGGUACAGGCUGAGUACUUACUCUCAUCCCUCAGGACCACAGCCCAGUAUCCAUUUGAUGGGCUAUUUGUGACUUUCCCCUUCCUGUUGAUGGACUCUCUGGCCACUCCUAAAGUCCACAUGGUUUUCAUCUGAACAUUCACCUCAGUAAAAUCUCCCUGAGGAGAAACCCUCCUUUCCUAGGACAUUAAAAACUUGAUCAAACCUAUUGGGAUUAUGUUAUGGGAUUUUUAUGAAUAAUGACUCAAUUCUGUAUACAUUUAGCUUAGAAUUAUAACUGAACAGAAUACUACUCUGUUACUGUAUGAAUGUAUGAAUCUUAUUAUAAUCAUAAUACUGAAUAUUAGGUGUGUAGUUUUAGUCAAGAAUUAGAACAAGCACUUUCUUUUCCUUGUUAGAAAUGAAUGGAGCUAUUGUCAGAAAGGCUGGAAUACUGUGUUCCUUACAGGACAUUCUGUCCCCACCCAGGGAGGGGAGAGACCUUGGGCUUGUAGUAGAUUGUUUAACAGGUGGCAGACAAUGUGAGAAGACUUGUGAACUAUAUUGCCAUUGUAUCUGAGAGGAGGGACAUUUAUGCCGAAAUGUGAGGUAUAUAAACCAAUGUACAUGGUAUUAUGACUCGAGCUCUCGGGAAUAAAAGUUUUGAUUAAUUUUGA